GUCCAUCGGCGGUGUAACACGGAGGGUUUUCAUCCGGUGCAGCAGGGAAGCCUUUCUUCUCCAGAGCAGGUCUGCUGCUGAAUUACAAUUGGGAUACGAAGCCACCAUGAACGAGGGGCUUUUUUCCCCUGUAUUCCUGCACGUUUAAUUAAUGAAGACAUCAAUCUCUCCUGGGGGAGGAUUUCUACCCUGUGGUUUGAUGCAGGAAUGAUUUUUCUCGGCUUGGUUUUGCUACAGAGGACCAUGGAGACCUCCGAAGGCAUCGGUCAUGCUCUCUGGUGAGGGCGUGACUCGGAGCGAGAGUUGUAAAGUCCCCAGAGUUACAUCACAUGGAGGUCAAAGGUCAUCUGAUCACAUCCAUGGGUUUGGGGGCUCCUGAUGUUCAAGGCUGCCAGGACAGCAAGCUGCAGGCGGAGCGGGUCGCAGCGCUGCAGGAGAGGAAGCAGGCCCUGGAGGCUCUGCUCAGCUCCAGAGUGGGAGAGCUCAAACAUGUCUGUCUACAGGAAGCUGAGCUGACUGGGAAGCUUUCACAUGCUUUCCCCCUGGAAACGGGAGAGAAACCCCCAGUGGUGCAGCGCAGAGCUGGCCUGCCGCCCAACACCAAGGCAGAGGAUGAGGCUGCCCAGAGAAAGCAGAUGAAGGCCAUCUUCACCGGGGCUCUGUACAGACACUCGGAGUCAGACCGAAAUAUCCCCAACAGCAAGAGGACGGUUCAUCGGGGCUGUCACACAGAGGACACUGUCAUGUCAGAGAGUACAAGCUCCAUGUCAGACUCAACAUCCCAUGAUAAUGAGUCUUCUCCCAGCGUGGUGGCGGACCAGCGCUCUCUGUCUCAGCCCCGGCUCACAGUGGGCAGCCCCGACCACAGGAUCAGCAGGAAGCUGUCGCCAGUCGAGAUCUACUACGAGAUGAGGACACGCCGCAACUCUGUCACCAGCUCCGUCAGCCCGACUCACUCUUUGCCGAGAAGUGCGUCUAACAUUGAAGGCAGAAGUGUUCCAGCUACGCCUCUGUUAGCUCGCACGGCUCCCAUCAGUGUUCACGUCAGGGCGGACGGGUCGGGCGGUAACGGGCUGAAGCAGUGGUCCGGCAGCCUGGACGUUCCCUACAUUAUCCCCCUGGCGCAGGAGGGCUCCUCUUCGGACCGUCGCGGCUGCCCCUACAGCUCCCGGGCGCGGCGCAGCAACAGCUCCGAGGCCCUGCUGGACAGAUCGAGCCUCCCCGACGACCCGGCCCCAAGGAACGGGAUGCCCCCCCGAGGAGGGCCCUACAAGAGCUCAGAGACACUGACCGACGGCAAGCUGAGGCACAUCCACCUGGGCAGCCCCGAGAGGCACGCCGACGGCAACGUGGAUCAGGCCAAACUGCGCCUGUCGAUGGGCGACCGGGCGGCGGGCGGGGGCUACAACGAGCUCCUGAUGGACUACAUCUGGGGGAAGCAGCAGAGGAUGCAGCACCACCUGUACCAGUCCACAGGCCGGAUCUGGCAGGACGCGCCCUCCCCUCGCUCCUCCACCGCAGCGGUGCCUCCCCACGCCAACGGAUUCUCCCACUCCCAGGUGAACCUCCCCAGCGCCGCGCCUCCUUUCAGCCCCAUGGUGCUCCGGGGGUCCCAAGCCGAGCUGCGCCGGGUCAAAGUCACCAGGACCAAAUCUUGUGGACCCUUUAUUCCUUUGCAGCAGCACCCCCAGGACGCCAUCCUCCUGUCAGCGUACGACUCUCCCCUCCCCGCCUCCGGGAACACCACGUCCUCCAUCCCCAACCUGCACCCCUACCAGACGGAGCUGUCGGGCCCCUCCUUCGGCCGCAGACCCCCUCAGUUCUCCCUCCCGACCCCAGAAGACUCGACGCGGAGCUUACAUAAAGCCCUGGCUCUGGAGGGUCUGAGGGACUGGUACCUGAGGAACGCCCUCGGCUACCCCCCCGCUGCACCGAAGGGGAACGAGGCGGGGGUCUCUCGCCUCUCACACCCCCACCCGCUGGUGCACCAGCAGUCAGUCCAGGGUGACGCAACAAGCCCCCCCCGCUCUCAGAUGCCCCAGUCAGCCAGCUUCCACGGCCACCCGCUGCACGGGAGGUCGAUGGAGUUCUCGCUCUAUCAGGAGACUCCUCAUCCACAGAUGCAAGAGGCGACCCCAAAGGAACCCAGUCCAGACCCAGGCACCCUAGUCUGAAGCAGCAGAACACACACACACAAACACACACACAAACUCAAGCAGAAACACUGUAGCCUCACACACACAUUCACCCACACGAGUCGAUACAAUGUGACCUCAACAGCAAAGUAAAACACGGCAACCUCAGCAGAAAGUGACUGGAAUACGUGAUAAACUGUAGCUGUACAGUGUGAAAAAGCCUUGGCUAGUUCCCCGUGUUAUAACUGAUCCCAUGUGAACUUCAUGUGAACAUGGAGUCAACGCAUCUAAUAACAAUAUGGUCAUGCUGUACUUAAUAUAUCAAUAUUUCUGGUCAAACACAAGCAGUAAUAUUCUUCCUGACAACCCUGAAAACGCCCGAAAUAUACUUUUUUACAGAAUAUAUACAACUCUAAAUUACUAUUUUGUAUCUUCUGAGAUAUAAAGAACAGCUAUAUUAAAGAGGUAAUUUAUUGCUCAUUAAUCUUGUGAUAUACAAAGAUGAGCUCACCAUCAUUUAAAAAAAAGUAUUAAUUCAUGCCAGUGAAUGUGUGUUUGUAAAACUAUAUAAAAAAAACAACAUGCUUCAGUCGAUCAUCUGCCGUUUAAUUUCCCAGCCAUUUGUAUUUUCCACGUUUGAUAAAAGAAAGGGGCCAUGAACUGUAACGUACUGGUGUAGCAGACGGGAGUGCCUAAAUGUUUUAAAAACCUUGGUUAGAAAACUUUAAAGUGCUUUCUAAUGAUCUCAAAAUGUGAACGCUAAGCUUUUGUGAGCUUAGUGUAAUCCGAAAAAGAACUGAAAGCAGUUUACGAUGUCACCAAAUUGGGGUAUUUUGGAAUGAUGUCAUGUAUAUUGUUCAGUAUGUUUUCUAGAUGCAGCGUACUGCUGGCCACAAAAUGUAGCUUUCUCUGUGCUGAGCGACCAAUUUGACCACUUUUAGGACGAACCUGAGGGCUGUUGUUAAAGCUACUGAAAGGCAGUAGCACAUGACUGUAUGACAAUAAUGUAAUAAUUUUCCCCCUGCGUUUAGUUAUGGAGGAUUUGAGUGUCAUAUGGAGCACUUUAUUAGCAUCUUAAGCCUUAAUUCCUUAGAAAAUUGUCACCAAACGAGACAGAGUUUUUUUAAAUAGGGGGAAUAAAUAAGUGUCAACAUCUACUGAGGGUCUAUCUGAGUGUUAGUCUGUAUAUAGCGUGGAUUGUACUGAUGAGUUUCAAGCUGUUUUAUUCCGGUACUAACAACAAUAAUACUUUUUUUAACUAACCACAUGAUAAGUAUAUAAUCAAAAAAUAACCGCCCCGAAAUACGCCCACCCUCCAAGUGAGCACUAUUUAAUUGGUUUGUAAAAGAAAGUACAGAAUAGGGCUGCUGCAGUUUGAAUGACGGUGUGAGCGGGUCUCAUACCAGUAAAUGUGUUAAUAAGAAUUCAUGCUGGCGGAUUUUUUUGUAUUUGUAAUGAUUUCAGCUCAUUUCAUGUGCUUGGACUUAAAAAAAAAAACUUUUCAUGUUUUUAAAUCUUAGUAAUGCAUCAUAAUGUAUGUUUGUAAUCUUAUUCUGCGGUGUAAUCUUCAGAAAGAUCAAAAAUAUUACAUGAAAUCCUCUUUAGUCUAGACCAGGGCGAGGCAACCGUCUGCAGUGGCUCCCUGUAGCUUUGAGAAUAAAUAACAUGGACAUAAAUAACAGCCAUUUCAAUUUUUUUUUGUUGCACAGUGGACAAUUUUCCUUUUAUCUUUGAGUUUGAGGUGAUGCUGUGACACUGAAAUAAUAUUAAUAUUUCUUCAGCUAAUAGAUGCGUCACAUCCUUCCAUGUACUGACGCCUUUCCAGGGAGGUGGCAUUUCCUACAUUUUAGACCCCGGCCUUGGGAAAAUAACAAUCCCAAAUUAAGCAAAGUUUAAUUCUGUGUGUGUAUAGAUUCCUUUGCUUGUACUGCCAACACUGCUGGCCUUCCUUUAUGGUUGAUUAUACAGUGAGAAAUUAGCAAACCACAAACAUUGUAAUCUUGAAAGACAUAUCCUGAACACAGAAUUUGCUGCUUGUUAUGUUAUUACAGGAAAGAAUUGUAAUAGAUUUUCAACUUUUUCUUUAUUUAUCUAUAAGUUCACAGAUGCAACAAACACAUUUUUGUGCGUAACUAUAUACAACACUUUAAAAGCUGUGUUAGCGGCCCCAGACAAACCUUAAUAGCGGACAAAGUGGGGCAACAUAGCUGUUUUGAAAAUAAAGGUAGCUGACCCUUAGUCUAGACAAUUUUUAAAAAACGUUUUACCUCCAUUUAAUGUACUCGAUCUUUGACCAUCUUGGGACUCAUUUGAAUGUAAUUCUUUGUCAUACGUGAUGUUGUUUUUUAUUCUAAGCUGUAGCACACCGUUGAAUGUUUCCCGGUUUCUUUGCUGUGUUCAGUAUCCAUCCUUAAAACCUGAAAUUAAAGACCAAACAUGCUGUGCACUGGGGGUCAUCAUAAAUGUAUUUUUCAUAUACUCUGUAAGUUGCAAAUCAAUGAAAUAAAUGUAGCUCUGAAGCUAAUUUAUUCAAACUAUACUAUAUUUAUGAGCCUAUAACAUUUUGUAGCUAUAUCUACUGUAGCUCUUCCUCAUCAGUGCAGGAAUUGGUAAUGUGUGUUAAAACCACUUCAUUCAGCAGUGUGAUGUGUUAAUAUUUGAUUAUUCUUUUUUUUAGAUAUUUAAAUGCAGCUGUUUUCUUUCCCUAUUCUCUUUAUACCCAGGCCUGUGAAAUAAGACAAAAUAGGCCGGCCCAAUGCUGUAUGUAUGAGAUUGUGCUUCAUUCUACUAAAUAAAGUGUCAUGUUGAAAUCAUCACACAA